AUGGCAAGCUUAUCUUACGAAGAAAUUAGACAAAGAAACAUUGACUCAAAUCGUCAGCUUUUGUUAUCUUUGAAGCUAUCAGGUCCAUGUGCAAAUCCAAUAAUACCAAAACCACAAAAAACCAAAAGCAGUGAAAAUCAAACAUCUAAAAAACCAAAAACCAAAAAACUUGCUACUAAAAUCGAUGAAGAAGAAGAACCCAAUGUUCUAGAUGAUCAAACGAACUCAAAGACGCGUAGAAGAAGUGGUAGAAUACAAAAAAUCAUUAAAUCAAAAGACGAAGAUUAUCAAAAAUCGUCAGAAGAAGAGAAAGAAGAAAACCUUAAACCGAAUCCAAAAAAACGAAAAUCGACGGGUACUUCAUUUCUUCCUGUCAAACGGCCACGUCAAUCUGGUCCUCCUCGUCGAAAAGCUCGUUCUUUAACUGCUGGUCGUCCUAACCCUAAAAUCUUUGGUCAUCAGAUUGGUGUAGAAGUAGGAGAUUGGUGGGAUUCUAGAAUGAGUUGUUCUCAAGCCGGUAUUCAUGCUCCACCAGUCUCAGGUAUAGCAGGAAACGAGACUGAAGGAUGUUGGAGUGUAGCUUUGAGUGGAGGAUAUGAAGAUGAUGUAGAUUUAGGUUAUGCAUUCACAUUUACCGGAGCAGGAGGAAGAGCAUUAAGUGGAACAGCCAAGAAUCCGAAAAACCUUCGUACAGCACCUCAAACCUUUGAUCAAGAAUUCACGGCUCUUAAUGCUGCACUUCGUACUUCUACGGAAACUAAAAAUCCUGUUAGAGUCAUUCGUGGCUAUAAGAAUCAUAGUCCAUUUGCUCCUGAAGAAGGGUAUCGUUAUGAUGGUCUUUAUUUGGUUGAAAGAGCUUGGAGAGAAGUAGGUCAAGCUGGAUUUCAAGUUUGUAAAUUUGCGUUUGUCAGAUUACCUGGUCAACCUAAGAUUCCAGUAAAAGAAGGUAGAGAAGCUGAAGCUGAAGAAAUGUAUAAAGAUAUGGGAUUCGUUAUCGAUGAACUUCCUGCUUCUCCUAAAGCUCGACCUGUUUGGACUAAAAAAGCUGCUCAAGCUCGAAUCAAGACUGAGGCGAAGGAAGAUGGUUCUGAUCAGGAGGUAGAAGGAGAUGGGGAAAAUAAAGAGACCCAAGUUAAGGAUGAUGAUCUUAAAGAGGAUAAAGUCCAAGCAGAUGAUGUUGAAGAGGAUGGAGUCAAAGGCGAUGAUCUUAAAGAGGACGAAGUUAAAGUCGAUGAUCACAAAGUCGAUGAAGCCAAGGUUGAUGAUCAUAAAGAGGACAAAGUCAAAUAA